AUGACAAAGUCUAUUUCAUUAUUCAUAAUUUUAGGUGAUUUUGCUAUCGUCAAGUAUUUUGUAACAAAAUAUCCAGCAACAAAAAGACAAACUAAUAAAGCUGGCCUGACUGCUUUACAAAUCGCACAAAAACUCAAAUUUACAAGGAUUGCUGAACUAAUCGUAACCGGAAAAGACGUACCUGAAUCUUUAAUUGAUGAAGAUAAUGCUGAGCCUAAGCAUAGUUAUGAAACACUGAAACAAGCAUCCCGAGAUGGUAAAGUCAAAAUUAUCAAAGAAUUCAUCAAGGAACGGUACGAAUCGAAAGAGGACAAGAGACGAUUAUGCUAUGAAUUGAUUCAAAUCGCUAAAAAAGUCCCACAAUAUGAAAUUGUAGAUAUUCUUGAGCCCUAUUACAAAAAAGAGUUAAGAACUGAAAUUGCAUCAGAUAUGGAAGUAGGCAGCGCUGUUACAUUGAAUAGUCAUUAUAAGAAAAUCUUGCUGGGAUUUUUGAGUGGUCUAAGUAGUGUUAUUGCCGAUAGUCCAGUUGUGCUUGAUCCUAGUGAUCCCAAUACGUACCGAGAUCUUUUCUCUGAUUUGACUUCGAAUGUAAGAAAACGUUCACAAGAAUUACAGCAAGUCACUGAUGAGCAAGAUGUAAAGAAAUUGAUUGCACAAGAUUCAGCGAAUACAGAACAACAAUUAAUAAAAAUUAAUGAAACAUUAGAACAAUUGUUGGAGAAUAAAGAGUCUUUACAAGCUCGUAUUGAAGAUACCGAGGGGCGUGUUUUUAAACAGCAAGAUCUAACAGCUUUACAACGAAAAGAACUUAUUCAAGAGAGAGAAGCUCAUAAGCAACAAUUGGCUACGUAUGAAUGCUCAAUAUUUUUAUUUCAACGUCAACAGGAGGCUAUGUUGAUAAGACAAAAUAUGAUGAAGUUCAUCAAAGGCAACACAAAUAUGACACUGUUCUAUCGAACAAUUGAAAACCGUUUGCAGGCUUUGUUUGUCAGUAUUCUAGCGGCACAAGGCGGUCACGUGAAAAGGGAAACGGCAACCGUUAAUACGAUGUCAGCAACCAUUCCUUUCGCGAAUCUAGUGAUAUCUCACAUAAAAUCAGCACUUAUUCCUACUCUAUCAAAACUUAACGAAAAAGAACAGAAGCAAGCAUGGGCCAAUAUUUCAACUUUGGGCAAUUUUGAGGAACUCCAGCGGAUUGCAUCCGACACAGCCGGCAUGGUAACACUCUACUACAGAGAACAAAUUCAGUCGAUUGAUCCAUUCCAAAAGAUUAAGAGCAGUUAUGUGUUUAAUUACAAAAUCAAAUGGAUCAAAGAAAUAUUUUACGAUGCCCGUUCAGAGAGUAAUGAAGAGAUGGCAGUUACUAUGGUUGCUGAAUAUGUGACCGCUUGGAUAAUCGAUGCUCUCAAGGCGGGCAAAACAGAGAUCGACACGUUUGAAUCUUUGCCACAACAACUUUGGCUACAUAUAGCUAAGAAAAAUACAGUUGAUCAAGAAGCAACCACAAAAGCAACAGAUGUUGUUGAACAUUCGGCCGGAAAGCAAAAGAUUCCUGUGAAGUUCAGAAAUUCAUUGGACAAAGAAUACACGGUACAAGUACCAUUACGAUACCUAAUCGGCUGUGUUUCUGUUUUUGGUAACAAUGGUAGUAUUUAUCAAUGCCCAAUAGCGAAAAUUUCUUCCAAUACUGAACUCCAUGAUCUGGAAAUAUUCCGCUAUGUCUAUGUUGCACCAUUUUCAUCCGAUGAAAAAGUAUUUCAAUCGAUUGUUGACGAACGAAAACUGCACGUAGCUGGAUAUGAUAACCUUGGAAAUAUUUUAACAAGAUUCGAAGAUAUUAUUGAGCAUGCACAAGCUUAUGUCAGCGGAAAUGAUGAACAUGCUAGCAAAUCAUUAAUCACAAAAGAAACGGCUAAUCAAGUAGCCGAAGUACUUCGUGAACAAAAGAUCUUCGUCGAUGCCAAAGAUGUUAAAGGAGAAUUGAAAAGAGCACAAGAAACCAUUGAAUUAAGUAUUGAUGUUUUACGUGAAAAUAUACAAGAGCAAACAAAUUUCUAUGAAACAUCAAUCAAAGCUGCUCAUGAACAAAUUAAACUAGAAUCGAUAACAAAUAGAGAAGAAAUGAAAAAAGAUAAUGAAAUGCACUAUGAUCAAGGAUGGAAAAAAUUGAAUGAAAAGUUGAAAGAUAUUGAAAAACAUCUAAGCCAACAAAUCGAAAAACGUGUGAACGACAUCGAACAAGAAAUGCGAGAGAAAACUAAAGAAAUUAUAACAAUUGCUGAAACAGCAAACGCUCAAUCGUUUCAAGCAACUAGACACGCAACUCAAGCAACUCAAAUCAGCGAAAAAUUGGCACAAGACGCAGCACAAGCUGCAGUCAGUGUUCAGAAUUUAGUAGAGUCAACCGAACAACGACGCCAAGAACUUCAGCUCACAGCCAAUCAAUGUGAAACUACAGUAAAGCAAACGGUUGCUACACAAAAAGAAUUCUACGAACGAAUGAUCUUGGAAAUGCGUACAAAACUCGAACGUGAUGUUGAACGUGCGAAAGAAGCAGCCCGCGAAUCUGCUGCGACUGCUAAAGAAUCAGCACGAGCUGCUCAAGAGUCAGCAUCAUAUGCGCAAGAGGUUCAAAAGAUAACAAAAAAUCAACUUGAAGUUCAGAGGAGAGAAACCGAGAAGAUACUUGCAGAUGUUAAAGAAAUGCGGCAGCAGAACGAAAGAGCAGUGCAUGAUGCUCGAGAAGCUGAAAAACAGGCAAAGCGAGCCGCAGAUGUAGGCACAACAGCACUCGAAAAAGUAGAAAAAUUAACAAGAAAAGUAUAA